AUCAUGGGAUGGAUAACCAAUCCGCCAUGAUGUCGCGACGACACGGUGAAAAAUACGAAUUUGGUGGCCUGUUUCGUGGUUUCUACUGAUUUCGAGGACUUAAAACCCGCAUGACAAAAAGUAACGAUAGUCGAGAUCGGACCUUGGAUAGGUGUUUCUCACUACCGAUUCCUGUUCGGGUGUAUUUUUAGGGAUCGACCGCUGGGUCACCAGCGAGGCAAGCGGCCAAAAUGAGCAAGUUAUCAUUUCGGGCGCGGGCUCUCGAUGCCUCCAAACCCAUGCCCGUUUACGCGACAGAAGAGCUGCCUGACUUGCCGGAUUUUUCGGCAAUCAACCGUGCUGUGCCUCAAAUGCCGACGGGAAUGGAGAAAGAGGAGGAAUCGGAACAUCAUUUACAGAGAGCCAUAUCUGCCCAACAGGUUUAUGGUUCAGCCAAUCCGUUGGUUAUUCCUACACCAGACUUUGAGAGAUCGGGGGAAUAUUAUGACGCCAUUUAUGAGAACUCCUACAAGCAGCCUAAGCAAUAUGUCCAUGUCCAGCCACUCAGCAUGGAGCAGGACAUUCCUGAUUAUGAUAUGGACGCAGAAGAUGAAGAAUGGAUGAAGAAACACAGCAAGAACUUUGAAAUCACCAGUUUACAAUUUGAGGAAAUGAUGGACAGGCUUGAAAAGGGCAGCGGACAACAGGUUGUGACAUUGAAAGAAGCGAAGCUACUCUUAAAAGAAGAUGAUGAUCUUAUCAUAGCUGUUUAUGACUACUGGCUAAACAAACGUCUCAAAUCAAUGACUGGUUGUGGGUUAAUUCCUAACGUCAGGCAGGAGAAGCGAGAUGGGUCAACAAGUAACAAUCCCUAUGUGGCCUUCAGGAGGAGAACAGAGAAAAUGCAGACGAGGAAAAACAGGAAGAAUGACGAGGCGUCGUACGAGAAGAUGUUGAAGCUUAGGAGAGAUCUUAACAGGGCUGUAACGUUAUUGGAGAUGGUGAAGAGGCGAGAAAAGAGUAAAAAGGAAGCCGUCCACUUAACGCUAGAGAUAUUCGAGAAGAGAUUUCAAAUGGAUGAUUUCAGCGGUGCCAUAUUGGCAGACUGUGAAGAGCUCAGCAAGCGACAACCGUCAUUCACGAUACCUGCAAUUCCCAAUGGAAACCAAUAUAGUUCCUGGUCCAUCAAAACGGAGGACGGUCUUAAAAAGAAGCGAGAAUACAAGAAGAGGAAACACAAGGAAGAGAAGAAACUUCGCCAGAUGACAAACUCAUCAAUAGGAGAAAUAGAACCGACCCGCUUUCCAGAUAUUAGAAGCUCCGAAGAGGAGCUUUCCCCACAGGUGCAAUCAACGUCCGAUCCUGAGGAGGAGACCGAUCCUGAUGGUGUCUUUGCCUUCCGUCGCAAGAAAGGCUGUCACUAUGUCGCUCCUCAUCCUGAGCUGUCCCGAGGCUGGCCGUGGUCAGAUGAACAGCCCAGAGCAAUUACAGACAACAGGUAUCGUUACAGCUGCACAUCACUAAGGGAGCCAAGAAGAUGUAUCGGAUUGGCUAGAAGGAGAGUAGGCAGAGGUGGAAGGAUCCUGCUAGACAGAGCAUGGACACCGUUCCAGAAUUACAAGGAGCUUGACGACUGUUUAUUAAACCCUCCAACUGAGCCUAGCAUGUCACCACUGCGGUCCCCUUCAGCAAGCUCGUCACAAACAAGUCUUCCACUAAGUGUUCUUCUGGACGAGAUCAGGGCCAAACGAAUGCUGCACUUCAGACCAAAAACACCCCCACCCCCAAUCCAACCGGCCCCAUCUCCACCGUUACCCCAACUGCCACCAUCACAGGUUCCUAUGGAGGAAAGUCUGGAGUCGCUUCUGCCAAGUGGCUCAUUUCCCACGAUAGAAACGCCCAGCAGGCUACCCCAGCAAAUUCUGACCGAUAGCGAUGGCGUACCCGAGGGUGACGUGGCCCCUUCCAUGCAAACACUGCCCUCGUUGGCUCCGUCAGAUUCCAUCGUCCCGUUGCUCGAAUCUCAGGACUUGCAAACAGUCGAGGUGGACGUUGUGAACUCGGACAGCUCCUCGGAGCUGAACACUUCGUUUGGGUCUCUCCCAACGUCGAGGUUCACGUUGGAACCGAGUAGGGAACUUACUAAGCACAAAUCAAUUGUUGUGGAACCUCUGCCCGUGUUAGUCCCACCGACUACUUUGACAGUCAAGGAGAAUCAUGCUAACACAGUGAACACACUGCUGAAUCACAAGGCCCUCUUAGAAGCUACUACCAAAGUUCCCACUGGUCAUUCCACGGCACCCGCCGCAACAGUACUACAGCUUAACUACCCACUAGGCGUGGCUAAAACGAGCAACCCCACGGCGGCAACGCCCACUACUACCACGCCCUCUAACGCCCAAACCCCUAACGAUGGGAUUGUAACGAACUCAGUCGACGUCAUAAUGCAAUCCUCGUCAGAAGCUGGGGUCGUUUCGGACUCUCUCUUGAAAGGCAACUUGAUGAGAGAGAAGAAUAAGGGAGGAUUCGAGGGAACUAACGUCGUUGUCUCGUCGACACAGAAUGUUUCUCUUGCUAAUGCUGUCAAAAGGAUAUCACAGGCAAAUAAUAUAGACGUUAUAUCAAGAGACAAACACGAGGACUCGAACCACUCACUAGACAGCGCUUGUAUACCCAACAACAAAUCUGUGGUCAUGGAGGUAACGUGACCCGCUCCAGGUUACCCUGCAAGCCGCUGAUGAAACGACAGUCUUUGGACACGCAAGACGGAUGUGAACCCCCCUCCCCUACAAAUUGUGAAAAGCCAUGGUAUAGUAGGAUGUAGCUGACAAGAUGGACGCCUGUGUCCUUGUGAGGUGAUAUUUGUCCGAUCCAAUGUCCAUACACUAGCCACUUUGUAUUGUACGAUCGUAUUUAGUCAACACCAUGGUCAGUUCUACGGUUCAGGGAUUAAAUUAAGUGUAAUUCUAGCCUUAAGAUGUAAAACAAAAAAGAAAGGUAACCGCAAACUUUUUUUUUUUUUACACAAAAACAUUUCUUCAUUUAUGAAGAAGUUAUCAUCACGUCCUUUCAAUAGAGCUUAACAGUUUUCUAAGAAUAAACCAGUGUUCAAAUUAGUCUGGUGCCCGUCAAAAGUUUGAUGUUCCAUACUAGUUUGUGCUGGAAGGUCUGGACACCAAACAACUUACCAUCUAUGUAUGGUUUGGCUCAUGUAUUUUCCUAUCAGGAAUUGACUUUGAGUGAAGUAGUUGACCCCUUUCCCCCUGGAGCUGUCAUGGAGAACAUCUGGACUCAAAGUAGCCAAAAAUAAAAACAAAUUUUCAGGAAGUUGUGGUAAUGAAAUUUUAUAGAAAAAUUAACAAUGGCCCCAUGUGGUCUCUGUAUACAUACGCUGGAUGCUAAUAAGGAGCACAUUGCUGUAUAAAGAUAAAAAUGAAAUAAAAAUGAAAUUCAAACAAUUGAUUCCAGGAGAUUUUACCCAGACAGUCGAGUUUUUCAUAUAAAAUUUGAGGUUUGUUCAGCGAAAUGACAUAAUCUUAUGUACUGUAGUUAGGUACAAGGCUGUAGCGCUACAAGUUUUAGACUACAUGUAAAAACGUGCAGAUAGUCCGUUUAACAUGGCUGCAUAAUGGCAUGUUCAGAAUGUUGUGUCUUUUCUGAGACGGUAUUUUACUGUACAUUUAAGAUCUUCUUUGCAUCAUGAGAACCGUCAAUUUGUCAUUCUCUAAAACUAAGACCAGAAAUCAAGGUGUCAGUAGAAUGUUGAGCUUAAUGCAUCAUGCGGGAAAAAAAAAAGGAAGACAAAAAUCCCUGGCAUUGAGCAAGGGCCCCUGUAGCCAUACUGUUUAAUCCUUUGAAACUGGAUUAAAAUGGAUUACAUGUACACAUAUCCUUGACAGCUAAACAGACUUUCAGCCUAGAGGAGAGUAGCACACCAAAGGGAUGUAGCAUAAACUUUCUGAAGAGGAAGACAUUUUAAGUAUAAAAAAAAUCCUUAAAAAACAAAAUCUAAAAAAAGAUGAUGGGUAGAUCUUAGGUUACGACAGGGUCGUCUGCCUUUGGAGGUACUCCAUCGGCGUAUGUUAAUAAUGUUAUUAUAAUUGGUAAAGUGUCCAGUGUUGAAACAAAAAUGUAACUCAUGUGCUUUGUUAAAAAAAGUGGGGGAAAAAAACAAAAGGACCGAACUUUCCUAAAAAAUUGCUUGACGUGUAGUGAAUGUAAAAUGAAUCUUUAAAAAAAAAUACAAAUUUUUGAGUGAGACACACAAAAAGGUUUACUUAGGUGGGGAAAAAAUGUCACUUUGAAUUUAACUCGACCCAUUUUGAUGGCUUUCUGGUUUGGGUCAACUUUUUUUAUCUGAUAUCUGUAUUGUACAACCAUCCAACAUUAAACUUUAUAAACGUUCCAAAGUUAGCAGAGCAGAGUUUAUUCAACGUGAUGGGAAUCCAAAUAGCAUUUAUCUAUCAUCUUGUCAUCCAUUUCAAUUCAGUGCCUUGUUAAUUUGUAUGCAAGGUUGCCUUGGUUUGCUUCAGAACCCUUAAGAUACCUCAUACUUCUUCCCUCCUCCCCCCUCCUUAUCUCCUGAAGAUUUUCCCAUUUUGAUUCUGCAGUAUAGACUGUAGUGAAUAUGAUGUCACCGUUCAAAUAUCUGACCUACAACAUGGCGCCUAUGUGCGUGCGCGUGCAUGUGCCGUAGAAAUCAAACCGGGAAUGUUGCGUGUUGCGUGCUUCAUUGAUGUGAGGUUAGCCCUACAAGAUGGCGACUUUCAUAGCAAAAAAGAGGUUAUUUAAUACGGUCUAUUGGUUCUCCGUUUUGUAGAGACUAAAUUGUGGAUGAUCAAAGUGCAAUGUCAUCAUGCUUGUUGACAGCUUCUGCUUAGCAGAACAUUGCUCAAGUAGUUGGGCCCAGGUCAUGGGAAUAAUAUUGCACAGUUUGUAUGCGAUCGCUUUAGGGAACAAGACCUUUGUUUGAACAGUACACCUCCUGUAUGUCACUCAAUAGCAAUAUAUUAAUUAGAAUGAUAUCAAUGCAUUGUUGAUUACUAUGCUUUACAGUACAGCUGUGAUAGGCUACAAUAAUCAUGGUGGUAUUAGUCAUUGGGGAUUCCAGUCUAGUUUGACCUACUCCAUUUUAAGCAAAGUGCACAACCACAAUCAUUGGUACAUUUUUUUACACAAAUUCUCCAGAUAAAUAUUGAGUGACUCUUUGCAGAUCUUGUAUUUGACAAACUCAAAAGCACUUCUAAAUCAUUAUUGACACAGUGAUUGUUAAAGGCAGUGGACACUAUUGGUAAUUACUCAAAAAACUUAUUAGCACAAAACCGUUCUUGGUAACAAGU